ACACAGGCCGCUACUGGGCGCUCGUCGCUCUGGCCUUUGUCUUGAACUUGAUGUGGUUCAUUCAACCCAUAGCAGUGUAUUUACCGGGAGGUGUCAAGUUUUUGGGGCUCUAUGGUGCAAUCACUGGUAAGAUUGAUGGUAUUUUCACAUCCUUUGAGCGAUUAUUAUUUUAAAAAACUGCUCAGCUGAUUUGGAGGAAUGUCUAUUUCAUCUUUUGCUUUCUGCCAAAUGGGGAUGACUCAAUCUCUGAUUAGCAUAUGUUGCAUUUGGCAGUGGAUACGCUGCGAUGGGGUGCUGUGGCAUGCUGCUACUCUUAAUUCUCAGGCGAUCAAUGCUUCAGGCCCUUGGGUUUACUUAUGCAGAUCUAUUACCGAUGCAUCGAGGAAUGGGUCUUCUCUUUGUCUUUUGGAGUGUCCUUCACACUAUGUGCUAUAUCCUCUACUACAUACACAUCAACCAUUUCUGGGAAAACUUCAACUUUGAUGGCAAUACGCGUGGACCGCAGAAUCUUUUUGCCCUUGCAGCUUUGGUGAGUAACGAAGGCUAACGCUUAUUGUCUGCAACUUCAUGUCAUCGGUGUUCUGUUUUGUAGUGCAUGUAAUGAGCAUGAGCUUCACACUGAAAAGGAAGGAGGUUUUUUGUUUUGUAGGCAUCAUUACUAGGUCUGGCGGUCACCGCGCUAGAGUGCGUCCGAAGGAACUGCUACCUGCUCUUUAUCACGGCUCAUCGCGUAUUCACAGUUAUCACCUUUGUGGGCACACUGAUG